AUGGAAAACACGAAGAAUGGUUUGAAACGCUCACGCUCGUUCUUGAGCUCCGAUGGAAGUCUGGUUGUUCAUGCUGGUGAAAGAUUAGGUCGUGAUAUUGUCACGAGUUCGAUCACGACCCCUAUAUACAACUCAACGAGCUGCUUUUUCAAGAACACUUCCGAGCUAAUCGACUUCAAGGAGAAACGGAUUGAAUGUCACGAGUAUGCUCGUUACGGAAACCCAACAACUAGGGUACUCGAAGAGAAGAUUAGUGCACUUGAAGGGGCUGAAUCAACGUUGAUUGUGUCAUCUGGGAUGUGUGCAAACACUGUAACGCUUUUGGCAUUGGUUCCAAGAGGUGGGCAUAUCGUGACAAGUACAGAUUGUUACAAAGAGACAAGGAUGUUCAUUGAGAAUUUUCUUCCGAAAUUAGGAAUCUCUGUGACUCUGAUUGAUUCUAUCGAGGGGCUCGAAGAUGUAGUGAAUAACCAUGAGGUUUCUAUGUUCUUUACUGAGUCACCAACAAACCCAUUUCUUCGAUGUGUGGACAUUGAAUUAGUUUCAAAAAUCUGUCACAAAAGAGGAACACUUGUUUGUAUAGACGGUACCGUUGCAUCACCUCUAAAUCAAAAGGCGCUUUCUCUUGGUGCUGAUCUCGUUGUCCAGUCUGCUACUAAGUACAUUGGAGGACACAACGAUGUUCUUGCUGGAUGCAUAUCUGGUUCGUUGAAGUUGGUUUCCGAGAUUCGCUUUUUGCAAAAUCUUUUGGGAGGCGCGCUUAAUCCGAACGCAGCAUAUUUACUCAUCCGAAGCAUGAAGACGAUGCAUCUUCGUUUAAAACAACAGAACUCAACCGCUUUGAAGAUGGCCCAAGUGUUAGAAUCACAUCCAAAGGUGAGUCGCGUUUACUAUCCAGGCCUUGCAAGUCAUCCCCAACAUCACAUUGCCAAGAGACAAAUGACUGGUUUUGGUGCUCUCGUCACUUUCGAGAUUGAUGGAGACCUAGAAGCUACGAGCAAGUUCAUCGAUUCUCUGAAAAUCCCUUACAUAGCAACAUCUUUUGGAGGAUGCGAAAGCUUCGUGGACCAACCCGCCGCAAGGAACUGGGACACACCACAAGAAGAAAGGCUCAAAUAUGGAAUCAAAGACAACUUAGUUCGCUUCAGCUUUGGUGUUGAAGACUUUGAUGACUUGGAAGCUGACAUUCUUCAGGCUCUUGAUACCAUUCCCGCCAAAAUCAAAACGACAUCCUUUUUCCCCACAAAACGGUGCCGUGUCGACUUGAACUAG